AUGACAUCCAGCACCAAUAUGCGUUCCUUGGGCGACAUGCCCUUGGAGCUUUUCCAGGAAAUCCUCUCUUACAUCAGCCGUGGCGACCGGAAAAACCUCGCAAGCACCUGCAAGGCUUACAAGGAGGUCCUCCUGGAGGCUAUCUGGGCCGAGGACGUUGCGGGACCGAACGACGCCCUCUUCUGGGGCUGCAAGAACGGGAGACUGGAGAUCGUGGAACACGCUAUCGCAAGAGGUGCGCAAGUGGCCGGAGUCAGGCAACCGAUCAAGCGGGUGCUGUAUGAGUAUGAUCGCGUGUCGGCCAUCUUUAGUGGACACGUUAUACAUGACAUGACGGAGCACGGGAUGCCGUUUGUCAAAUUGCUGCUCAAAUACGGAGCAGACGUGAACAACCACAAGCACGAUGAGUUGACCCCGCUCACAGCAGCGGCACGAAAGAUGGCCCUCAACAUUAUGGAGUUGCUCCUUGAGGCCGGUGCUGAUCCAAACAAGCCUGACGCGAGGGAGUACACGCCGUAUCGUGAGGCGACAUACCACCGCGACCCUCAAGCUGCCAUUGAUCUGCUGGUCAAGUACGGGGCGGUCCCGGAUCAGGCUUCCGUGGAGUCAAGCCUGAAUCGCUAG